AUGGAAGACAGAGAAGUUGUUUUAGCCACCGUGAAGAAAAACGGUGAAGUAUUGAAAUACGGCAAUGCUGGCGGCUGGCGCAAAGACAAAGAAGUAAUGUUUGAAGCAAUCAAACAAAAUAAGAAAUUACUGAAACUGGUAUCAACGGAUUUACUCCAAGAUUCUCAGUUCAUGUUGAAAUGUCUUCAAUUGAGUUUUCCAGAGCUAGCAACAUUGGAGUCCAUUGAUUAUUCAAACAAAGAAAUCAUGAUGAAAAUUAUUCAAGAAUUCCCAUUUUUAUUUAGUUUAGCAUCCAAUGCGCUCAGAAAUGAUCGAGACAUUGUGCUGGCUGCCGUUAGAAAUGAUGGUAACUUGCUUCGUUUUGCCUCGUAUUUGAGUGAUGACAAGGAAAUUGCACUGGUGGCAGUUAACACAACUGGCAAUGCGUUGGAUUAUGUCUCUCUACCGUUGAAGAAUGAUAGAAACGUUGUAUUAGCUGCCGUAAAUCAAGACGGAUAUGCUCUUUGCUACGCAUCACAUGAGUUGAAGGAUGACAGAGAGAUCGUGUUAGCAGCUUUAAGACAACAAGGACUUGCUCUUCGAUUCGCAUCCGAAGAUCUGAAAAAAGACAGAGAAUUAGUAUUGACAGCUGUACGACAAGAUGGUGGUGCUCUUGCAUUGGCAUCAGAUGAGUUGAAGAGUGAUCAAGAAAUUGUAUUGGAAGCCAUCAAAAAAGAUAAGAAUGCUUUGAGUCAUGCUUCAAAAGAACUAUUUCAUGACAAAGAAUUCUUAUUGAAGACCAUCAAACUUGGAUGUAAAGAUGUUCUUCAACAUGCACCAAAAGAGUUUGCCAGUGACAGAGAAUUCAUGUUAAAAGUAUUCAGUUAUAAUGACUGUUCUGACAAGGAACUCAUGUUAGAAGCAGUGAAGAUUAAUGGAUUCGCAUUGAGAUUUGCAAGUCCAGCAUUGCGGCAAGAUGCAGAACUUGUGAUGGAAGCACUCAAAUGCAAUGGUUACGUGUUACAGUACAGUGACGAGUUGUACCAAGCACGAAUGGAACAUUGCUAUCAUAAUGUGUAUGUGGGAAAAAACAAGGAAACAAAAUAA